UUAUUUGCUAGGCAAUGCCGUUAGAGAAGGAUAUAGAAAUAUUUCAGGUGUGGGCAGCUAAGUUGGGCUGCCCACCAGAUGCAAUACCUACAGAAGAAGCACUAAAAUCUAUUUAUAAGUCACGCCAGCGUGAUAUGUUUUGCAAUUUAAUAAAACGGGUAAGAUCGCGACAGGAUGUACAGGUGGUGCGCGAGAAUAUAUUAAUCAAGCAACUGGACAAGCUGAAAGAUCAGGUGGUACCGAAUUGCGCUCGAAGCUUUUUACCUAAAGAAAUGCAAACUUUUCUUAAAAUGAAUGAAUUAAUGAAGCAAAAGGAAGACAUAACAAUGCGUUUGGAUGAAUACAGGAAGGAAUACGAGACACUGGCUGUCAAUAUUAAAACAAAAAACAUCCAACACAUUAACCUUCACCAUAAGCAAAAAACUCUGAAGUCACGGGUUAGUUUAUUAGAAUUUAAAUCCCUAGCAUUGGAUAAACAAAUAAAACAGGAAGAAAAAAACAAGGAACGUAUUACAGCCACUAUGCCAGCGCGGUUGACAGCAAAAAACGCAAGUGAAACUAUAGCUUUAGAUGGGGUUAAACAGGCUUUACGGGAUCUGGAUGAUUUUUACACCUUCUAUCUAAAUCAGGCGAGCAGUCCAAAUACCGUUCAGGAGGCAAAGGAUGCUUUAUGGGUUAAAAUGCGAAAAACCUUUUCGAAUAUUCCAAAUUUCAUUUUUUUUAACAUUAUAAUGCGUUUGAAAGAUGAACAGCUGCAAUACUUAUUGUCUUUAAUGAAUAAAUCAAACAAUGAGGAAUCCAUAACUCAUUCCAUAAGUGGAGUAGGCUCAAAAGAGCCUUUAUCGUCAUUCGAAAUUAAACUGAUGCAAACGAAAGCGGAUCUCCUAGGCAUGGUCGUGAAGUUUUUGUCUGCCCGAAAGGAACUUAUCACGCUGGAAGAACGAUUCACCGAUGCUUAUGACCCCUUUGUGGACGAAUUGCAAAAGAAAGUGAAUUUAUUUAAUGCCAAUGCUGAUGAUAAUGUCAACGAAAUCAUAUCUGACUAUUUGGUUCAGUACAAUUUGCGAAAUUUUUCAAAAAGUCAAAAUGAUUUUAUUGCUCAACAAAUCGAACAGUGCAAAGCAGACAUAGAUUAUGGAGCAAAACAAUUAGAGAAUCAUGAGGUUAUUUUGGGAUCCAUAAAACAAGUUUAUAGCGACAUUAAUACGUCCAUUAAUCACAUUCAAUAUGAAAUGCAGCAAUUAGGGCAAAUAAAAGAGAAGAUUCUUUAUUCAAAAAAUAUGUUGAAACGUUUAUUCGAUGAUGUGCAAAUAUCCUCUGCCGUCGGUAGCGUUGCCUCCAAUGUCAACAGCGGCAUUAAAGCAAACUUCCUACCUACGAAACUAAAAGCUAACAAUAAUAUGUCCACCAUGGGUGAUAGCUUUGAAAUGGGUGGUGGAGACAUGGUAUUUUGCAGCACGAAGUUGGACUUUGACUCCACCAUUUUGUCACUUAACUCAACCACUUCAAAUAUCACAGGCACAUCAAGACGUAGUGUGGGAAGUGCGGAUAUCACACUUAUGCCUGCGGCUACCAGCAGUAACUACACGGAGGGUCGUUUCAAUUUGCCACCAUACUCCAGCGAGCUUUGUACAUUUGUCGAAAUCCCAUUUGAGAAGUUUAGUUGCGUAACGAAAGAAUGUGCUUACCAUUUGUCACCCAAUCCGUUGAUCGUGGAUUCACGUGAGCUCUCCUCUACAAUCCAAUUGGCGCCAGGCAGUUUGCUGACCGCUUCAGGGGCUUUGCAGGAAGUGCGUAAUCGUAUCAAGUGGGCGGAUUUAAUUGCCCAGCAUUCGCUUGAUUUGAAAUUGGAUUUUGAUUUGAUUAUGGUCGACGCACAAAGCUGUAGACAAAAGAUCAAACAACACCGUGAACAAAUCGAAGAAAUGUUGGAUAAAAUCGAUGUAACCAGCAUAAACACUAAUCGAACUUUACAAAAAUUAUUAAAACUUUACGAUUUUAUACUUUCGAAUCCUUUGCGUCGAUAUAUUCCACCACAACGAAAUUUCAAUAAUCAAACAUAUGCAGACUACGAAGCCGAAUUUUCUAUGUACUAUCGCAUGGCAACUGUCGGUGCUUCCAUCAAAUGAAGGAGUUUGCUGCAAAAUGUGAUUUGUAUUUUAUUAAAUUAAUGUUCGUGUUUAUGUUUGAAGUAAAUAGACUGUGCUUAUUCUUUGAAAGGAACGAAUUUAUUGAAAAAUCAUAUGCUUUUUGUAGAGUGUUAAAUUACCUAUAAGAAUAUAUAUCCCAUUUCUAUAUACCUACUGGUUCAGAAGAAAAUGUGUUAAAUAUAAAAUAUAGAAAAAUCCCAUGUGUUUUCAAUACGAAAUAUAUCACCUUGGGGCACAGUUUAACAUCAAGAUUAAAAGUUUUGUUUAGUCUUAUAUUUCGUUUAGGUCAGAGACCAAAAAUUUAGGGGGCGCUGCCAAAAAUACCACCAACUUGGCAAAUAACGGACACCCGACAGAGUUACAUAAGAACGCAUCUCUACGAACUCACGGACGAGAUCCGCCCGUUGCACAACCAUCGGAGUACGUUGUAUCAACCGCAUAUCGUGGACGAAGAGGUUCAGCUACCUGGAGACAUCCACGUAACUGUGACUCAAUUACUAUAUGGAUACUGUAACAGGUUAAAGUCUUAUUCAUCCAGACUCAACCUCAAUAUGCAUAUGUCCGCAUUGUGAACCACUCCUCAGACUGACAAGAGGCCCAACUGCUAUAGAUAUCGUUUCAGGUAUGAAUACCGUUUCUCGUCAACUUGUCAGCCAUGCAAAAUCCCGCAAUGUGACUAUGGCCUGGUAACCAUAUGCAUACAUGAGUCUAAUUAGAAAAUAUUUGGAUGCAUCUUAGAGGCAGGUCAGGCACAUCCAGACCAAUUUUGAGAGCACCCACCAUCCUAUAAUCGAUGGUGUUUAGAGAAAGUGUCACUAAGAGUCAUUUAGAGACACAGUGAUCCAGCAAUCAGAAACGAAAUCAAUACUUUCAAUAAUUUUAGAGUGUGCAGACGCUGAGUAUUUGAGGCAUCCAGUUUCCCUAAGCCCGAUUGCAGCCCUUGCUACGGCAGUUUUACUAGCAAUGCCCCACUAGUACCUCUUUUACGGGCGCUAGCUGCCUAGCUAUUAUAGAUCUCCAGCGAAUUCCACUACAAUACUCAAUAAAAAAUUAUGGGGUUAACUAACGCCGUCAGCCGAUAAUAUUUUCCACAAUUUUGUAAUACGCAUGGGAAAAAUGCCCGAAAAUUUUACUAGAAAUUUAGACGACCUAAAAAAGGGGAAUAAAACCGCAUUAGUACACUGGAUGAACACAGCUGUGAUGAGACCCAUCCUUUUCUACGGCGUUACCGUAUGGGGUGGCCUGCGCUAAACAACACUGCCCAGAGCUAAGGUGGAACGAGUGCAGAGGACGACUUCCUUGGUCGUCAGGGUUUCACUGCCCCCUACACGCACUAAAUCUCUGGAAAUAAUAUUAAAUCGUCCACCUAUUGGAUGUCUGGACAAAUUUCGGACCGAUCCAGCCGUGGAGAGACCUCAAAUUUACACACGCAAAAGUCCUUGAAACUAUACCUCACACAGGGCAACUCCCAUUAGUGUUAUUUCUUUGAUCUGAUGCUGGAGAAGAGCUACAGAACUGAACCACUUUUGUACAAUUAAAAAAAAAACUGGCUAAAACUCUGUUCUGCGUCUUGUUACCCACACACAGUUAUAAGUUCGAAAAAGUGGACGAUUUCGUUUAUAUAGGAACCCGCAUUAACAACAAUUGAAAUACAGCGACUCCGGUGACUUUCGGAUCGCGAUGUUGGUAACAGAGGAAGGGUAAGGCAUCCGUUGUGAUGAAAAGGGCAGGCAGAGGACUUAAAUUCACUUGACAUUACCAAUUGGCUUCAGUUGGCCCAAAAAAAACCGACUGGCGUGCUUUAUUGCACUCGGCCAGAAUCGUUUGCACUGAUAAGAGUUAAGCUUCGACAACUAAAUUAAAAGUAUUUAAUAGCCGGAAAAACUGAAUGCUUAAUAUUUGUCUAAGAAAUCUAAUUAAAAAGCUCGACCCUUUUACGAAAAUUUGUUGAUUUUUUUUUUUAAAUAUUGCACAAUAUGUGCAUAAUUGUGAUAAGUACUAGAUGUCCCAAACCUUCGUAAUAGUUCCCAAAUAUUGUCAACUAAAGUUAUUUAGUCAUCGAGACUAAACACUUUUCUCAGUGUAUGUACUUAACAUAAAACGUUUAUUUUUCUUAAUGCGAAAAUUCCGAACUUUGACAUACUUUCUGGUUUUUCUUUUCGACCCAUAAAUAAACAUACAUACAUACAUUUAUAAUUUUAAUUAAUUCUGUUUUAUUCUAUUGGUUUUUCACACAUUAUUAUUACACUUUUCUUUUUCUUUUAUAAUUGAAGAUGAUAAUCGUAUUUAAUGUAAGUUCUUUACUUUUCUUUUAUUUACACCCAAUAAGAGAUGGGUCGUAGUCACAUACAUAAAUGUUACACACACAAAUGUAUUUAAUAUAAAAAUUAUUCGUUUUACUUAUAACAGAACUUAUGUUUUACAGAGCGGUAAAAUGAUGUACUCGUAUGUAUUUAGAUUAGAUUAUACAAAAAUCUUAUAGAAAUUUCGCUUAGCAUUUUUUCAUUUAUGUAUAUACGUAUAAAUACAAGAUGCAAACUUUUUUCACUUAAAGUAAAUUCAUUAUUAUUUUUUUUUCAUUACUAAUAAAUUUUAAAUUUAUGAUCAUUUCUUUUUUUUUUAAUUUUAGAGACGAAUAGAAAAUUAGUAUCUAUUAAUUUGAAGGAAAUUCGUCACACAAAUACAGUAAUGAUUGUGUUCUUAAUUAAACAAUCGCAAAUCGGUCCAAGUGUGAUGUUAAUAUAAAAUUUUAAUACAAAAUAUUAUUUUGUGAUGUUGUAGAGAGAGAGCUUUUAAAUGUUUGAGGUGCUUAAGAAAUAAUUAAUUGAAAAUUGAAUUACGGACGGGGUUGGUUGGCGAUAUCAACUGAAAAAAUAUCCACAAGAUUCUACAAUUUGUAUGUAUGUAUAUAAAGUAGUGCCAUCAGCAGAUAUGUAUGUAAAUGGAUGUUAGAGAUUUACAGAGAGUUACCCAUUCCUAUGAAAGUAAGAACUGCUUACUUACAUAUGUACAUAUAAGCCCAUAUAUGUAUCUAGCAAUCUGAUAUGAAUGCAGGUAAAUAUAUAAAUAUGUAUGUACACAUGUAUGUGUGAAAAGUGUUUGCGGUGCGCUUAACUAAAAUGGACGUUAGUUUUGUAACUUUACAACAAAUGACUUACAUAUGUAUGUAAAUAUGUAUGUACUAUGUGUAUCAAUAAAGUAAAAAAAA